GGAGCUUGGAGUGGCGAGCAUAGGGGCGGCCGUUGGCGGGAGAGAAGGGCGGAGCGGGGACCGAAGGACCCACCCCAGAGACCCCCGAAGCCGCCCAGCCCCGAAGCGGGCCCCAAGCGGCCGAAGGGCAGCGGCCCAUGGAGCGGUGGCGGGGGCGGGUGGCGCUGGUGACCGGCGCCUCGGGGGGCAUCGGCGCCGCCGUGUCCCGGGCGCUGGUGCGCCACGGCCUCAAGGUGGUGGGCUGUGCCCGCGACGUGGGCAAGAUCGAGAAACUUGCAGCAGAGUGUCAGAGCGCUGGCUUCCCGGGGACCCUUGUCCCUUAUAAAUGUGACCUGUCCAGUGAGGAGGAGAUCCUGUCCAUGUUCUCGGCCAUCCGAACCCAGCACCGAGGCGUGGACAUCUGCGUCAACAACGCUGGCCUCGCCCGGCCCGAGCCCCUGCUGACGGGCGGCACGGAAGGUUGGAGGGCCAUGCUGGACCUGAACGUGCUGGCGGUCAGCAUCUGCACCCGGGAAGCCUACCGGUCCAUGCAGGAGCGGAACGUGGACGACGGUCACAUUAUCAACAUCAGCAGCAUGUCCAGCCACCAGGUGGUCUCCCAGCCGCUGGCCAACUUCUACGAAGCCACCAAGUGUGCGGUGAUGGCGCUGACGGAGGGGCUGAGGCAGGAACUGCGCGAGGCCAAGACCCACAUCCGGGCCACGAGCAUCUCCCCAGGGCUGGUGGAGACCGGCUUCGCCUUCAAACUCUACAGCGACGACCCCGGGAAGGCAGCUGCUACCUAUGAGAACAUCCAGUGUCUCAAAGCGGAGGAUCUGGCUACCGCUGUCGUCUACGUGCUUAGUGCCCCGCCCCAUGUCCAGAUCGGCGACGUCCAGAUGCGGCCGACAGAGCAGGUGUCCUAGCGGUUGGGGAGGAGCUGGACCGUGGGGGACGGAGCCCUCCCUGGCUCCCCUCGGGACCGACCCACUGACCCCGGGAUGACUCUUCAGCCCAUCGCCGGGACCCCCUGGACCAGCAGAGGUGGCGGAGGCUGCCUGGGGGUGGGGGUGGGGGAGGAGGGGUGGCCAAGCUACGGGGGGUGGGGGGAGUAAUAGGUUACUCAGUGGCUUGUUUCCUCUUGCCCCCUGACAAUUUAAAACUAAAAAAACCCAAAUUGGGACUCCGACUUUUGUCCCCCAGCAUUGUCCGGGAGGCUGGGGGAGUCCUGGCGAUGCAGGCCUUGGGGCCCUUUAAUAAUAAUAAUAAAUGUGGAAUUUGUUAAAAGCUUACUAUGUGCCAGACACUGUACUAAG